GAGAGAAGCUGCCGGCCACAGUAGUGCGCUGGAUUGUAACAGAGAAAGAGAGAAGCCCUCCUGCAGCCUGCUGGCCCGCCACCAUGGAUGUCAAGCUGCUGGCACUGAUGACUCUGUUGGCCGUGGCCACACAUGUUCCGACCUCUAAAGCAAAGCCCAUCAGUCUGGUUGAGCGCUGCUGGUGUCGCUCCACACUCAACACCGUUCCUCAGCGCUCCAUCAAAGAGCUCAAGUUUCUCCACACACCCAACUGCCCCUUCCAAGUCAUUGCCAAGCUGAAGAGUAACAGAGAGGUUUGCAUCAACCCAGAAACCAAAUGGCUGCAGCAGUACUUAAAGAGCGCUAUCAACAAGGUGAAGAAAACCAAAAGACGCAGUAACAAGACAAAUUAAAUACAGGGGAAUGUCAGUUGAGCAUUCUGCCAUCGAACCUGAAAUCCCCAGGUCGAACCUCUAUACCUCCCUGUCACUGCUAUGGAUGUAUGCAACCACUCUGUAUGUACCUUUCCACCUCUCUGGAACGCUUGCAGAUGCAGCACUUCACUGCCAAACUGGGCCGUCCACAGUACCGGCCCCUGAUGCCCCCUGGAUAUGCAAGCUGUCAUCUCCAACAAGCCACACUAGCACCAAGUGCAAUUACACCCUGGAAUGAUGAGAUGCAUGUAGAUGUCGGAUAGAUGAGUCGAUGGCUAAGACAUAAGAAAAAGCCUGUGUAUGUGUUUGAAUGUGAUAUAUAUGAACUAACUCUGAUAGAUGCUUGUAUAUAGUUUUUUUUUUUUUUUUUUUUUUUUUUUUUUGCUUCACACAGCUGCAAAGGAACAUUUUCACUUGAUGGUUUUUCUCACCAUCAUGUCAUGUCUGCUCAAUGUCAGAAGCUCUUUGCUGAAGAAAAAUACUCACAUCAGCUUUGAAGGCAGAAGUAAAGCUGGGACUGGUGCACUGAUCCCAAUUAUGGUUUUGGAAAAUGAAGAAGUGUUUAAUUUUAUGAACACCAAAGGUGAAUACAUUCGUUGAAAUCAAGUGAUCAUGUCCUUGUGACUGCCACUCAUAUUGUGCUAAUUAUACCAUGCUUCACCAUGCCAGUGCAGAUCAUUGGUUUCCAUCUUCUCCUUCUUCCUCCCAUCACACCAACCACCUGCAUGUCCUCCAUCACCACAUCCAUGACUUUCUUCUUUGGCUUUCCUUCUCGCCAUUUUUGUGAUAUGGGCUUUCCAGCCAUUCUGCUGAUUUGAGGUGAAUCUGGUAUCACACCUUGACUGACAGACACCAGAACUGUCCAGUGGGGUUAACCAUCUGAUCAAUCUUUGCUAGCAUUACCUCUGAGCUUGCGCUAGGAAGAAAACAGAGAGGAGGCUUGUGCAAACUGCUAUUAAAACAAGCACUGAUGUCAUGGUGCUGUAUAUUCAGGAUAAUGGGUCAAAGCCAUUGGUAUAUUUGUAUUUCACUGUUCAUUUUUUGCAGAAUUUUAUUCAAGAUGGGAUGUGUUGACCUCUGUGGCUUAAAAUUGUGAUUUAGUGAAUGUUUAAAAGAGCUAAUUUAAGGUGACACUUUGGCCAAACAAAAAAUAAAACACACAUUAGUAUGGCUUGUUUUUUACAUCUGAAUGUAUCAGGAAGUUUAACAUUAUUCAGUAAAUUAUGCAGCAUUAGGAAACAUGGUCACUGCAGUAUUGUUAGGGAAAGGAGGUGGUGUACCAUACAAACUGAGAGCAGUUUACUCAUCAAAGGAGCUGUAUAUGAUUACGACUGCAAUAUUUUCAUACCAACACCUGUCCUUGGUAGGAAUGAAAAGCUAAAAUUGUCAUAAAAAUCUGAGUGAUAAAAGUCACAAAGGGAAAGUUCAUAGUGGCAAAAGGAAAGUUUUUGAUUAUAUAUAUAUAUAUAUGUUUGAGCCACUUUAUUAUCAAGUGUCUCUUUUAAAUGUGUUUUUUUUAUAUACUUAUACAUGUAUAAUCCUACUAAAUACUUUUUAAUGCAUUGUAUAGUGGACAGUAGCUACUAAAUGAAGGCUGUUUCAGUAUUAAACUUAACUUUAAAGUAUUUCUACACAUGUACUGUAUGCAGUCAUUUAUUUGCAAGCAUGUUACAAGGUAUGCAAUGCACCCUUUGCUCCUUAUAAAGGAAUAACACUCAAAUAUCGCAGUUUGACAGCAUGAAUAACACGCUCAGCAAAUUUUGUAUUUUUUAUCGUCUAGAAUCAGACUGAGCUGCAUCUGUUUGUUCCAAGAUGUGAUGAUUGAUCGACCGGUGCUGUUGUCAUUGGUUACACGAGUCAGAAAAUAAUUAAGCCCACCGGUGGCCCCCAUCGAACAACUCAAUUUUUAUUUAUAGCUUUACUUUGUUUGAUGUACGAUGUGUCAACAGAGCCACUGAGCCAAGUUAGAGCAAACCCUCAGCUGAGCGAGCAUGCUGGUGGCUCGGUCAAUCGACCAGCAUGUGCUUUCAAUCUGGACACUCCCUGCACCCCACAAGCUUUCUUUUCCAUUGUACUCAAACUGCUGCCAUAACAGAAAACAGUCCCCCCACCCCUAACAACUUGUUAUGAAAGUCCAGAUGUGGUCAUUUUUAUGGCCUUAGUUCUGCUUUGUUUUACUGGUGAUAAUCUUAUCAGUUUGCAACCAGUGGUGCAAUAAUCAUGCAAUUCUUUUAUCAGUAAAGUAAUGCAAAUGAACAUCCAUUAGUCUUACUAGUCUUAUUUAAUUACACUAAUUUAUGUAAACAUAUGGUUAAAUAAGCUAAGAGUGUUUUAAAAAGACUGAUAUGCAAAGAUUAAAGUGUAAUUUCACUCAUUGUGUAAGUUUAUUACAAAACCACAUUCCAUUCAACAAUUCACUUGUUAACUCUAGAAAGAAAACUGAGUUGUUCUGGAAACUUUACCAACACGCUAGCAGCAUUUAUUUCACUCAUGAUUCAUGCUGAUACAAUUAAUGUCAUGUAAUGAGUAUUAGUUAUGUUGUCAGAUUUCAGUUGGUGUUAUAUUUGCUCCUGUGAUACCUGUGGAAGCAUAUUGAACCUCGUCAUACAUACACACACUCCUUUAACUAUUUUAAAUCUCUUUGUGUAAGAUUUAGAUAAAAUACACAUUAGGGCUGAUAUUUUUAGCUGUGGGUGUGUUAAUAAAUUAGUAAAAUUUAUUUUUACUUUGGACCCCAAGACAAUGUGAAAUAACUGAUAAACAUUUCUUUUGAGGCAGCUUCUUACACAUACUCUUCAUAUUUGAAAGAUAUAUUAGAAUAUUACUCUGUAUUCUCACUACGUGUAAACCAAGAAGCAGUAUGUUAGCUGUGAUAAGCUCAUUUUUCAAUAAAGUCAUAUCAAAUAAAAA